CAGUUUCCUUCUGGGAAAUGCACAGAUCGUGCAGUGGCCAGUCGUUUACAGCAACGAUGGAUUCUGCAAGCUGUCUGGAUACCACAGAGCUGAAGUCAUGCACAGAAGCAGCUCGUGCAAUUUCAUGUACGGCGACCUUACUGAUAAGAAGACUAUAGACAACAUUAGACAGACCUUUGAUAACUAUGAGUCCCAAUUCUAUGAGGUGCUGCUGUACACAAAAAAUAGAACACCGAUAUGGCUCUACAUGCAGGUAGCUCCAAUCAGAAACGAGGACAACAAGGUGGUGCUUUUCCUCUGCACCUUUAGAGACAUCACGGUGUUCAAACAGCCGAUCGAAGAUGAAACAAAUAAAGCGGGAUGGACCAAAUUUGCCAGACUGGCGCGGGCACUGUCCAACAAUCGCAACCUUGUGCAGCAGUUAGCCGAUCUGAGCACUGAGGUCAGCCACAAGCCCUCCAGACUUGCCGAGGCUCUUCAGCUGGGAUCAGACAUCCUCCCUCAGUACAAACAAGAGGCUCCAAAGACCCCUCCACACAUCAUCCUCCACUACUGCACCUUCAAGACCACCUGGGACUGGGUCAUCCUCAUCCUCACCUUCUACACCGCCAUCAUGGUGCCCUACAACGUCUCCUUUAAGACCAAGCAAAACAAUUUGGCUUGGCUGGUGCUGGACAGCGUGGUGGACAUUGUCUUCCUGAUUGACAUUGUGCUCAACUUCCACACCACCUUUGUGGGUCCCAAUGGGGAGAUCGUCUCAGACGCGAGGCUCAUUCGAAUGAACUACCUGAAGACGUGGUUCGUCAUCGACCUGCUGUCCUGUUUGCCCUACGACAUCAUCAACGCCUUUGAACACGUAAAUGACGAUUUCGCGCCGUCUUUAUCUCAAGCAAGUCAUCUUCGCGAGUCUUCAGUUUUCCACAGGAAUACGACGCGAACAGAGGACUCUCUGCUCCCAGGUCUCAGCAGUCUGUUCAGCUCCCUUAAGGUGAUCCGCCUGCUCCGGUUGGGCCGGGUGGCCCGUAAACUGGACCACUACCUGGAGUAUGGAGCAGCCGUCCUGGUUCUGCUGGUGUGCGUCUUUGGCCUGGUGGCCCACUGGCUGGCCUGCAUCUGGUACAGCAUCGGGGACUACGAAGUCAUCGACGUGGCCACCAACACCAUCAAGACGGACAGCUGGCUCUACCAGUUGGCCCUGAGCAUCGGGACUCCUUACCGCUACAACGCCAGCGGGACGGGACAGUGGGAGGGCGGUCCCAACAAGGACACGCUGUACAUCUCUUCUCUCUACUUCACCAUGACGAGUCUCACCACCAUCGGCUUCGGCAACAUCGCUCCGGCCACGGAUGGAGAGAAAAUUUUCUCCGUGGCCAUGAUGAUGGUGGGCUCGCUGCUAUAUGCCACCAUCUUCGGAAAUGUCACCACUAUCUUCCAGCAGAUGUACACCAACACAAACCGCUACCACGAGAUGCUGAACAACGUGCGUGACUUCCUGAAGCUUUAUCAGGUUCCCAAAGGCCUGAGUGAGAGGGUCAUGGACUUCAUCGUCUCCACCUGGGCAAUGUCUAAAGGCAUCGACACAGAUAAGGUCCUCUCAAUCUGUCCCAAAGACAUGCGGGCGGACAUCUGCGUCCACCUCAACCGGCAGGUGUUCAACGAUCACCCGGCCUUCCGCUUGGCGAGCGACGGCUGCCUGCGCUCUCUGGCCGUGGAGUUCCAGACCACCCACUGUGCACCCGGUGACCUCAUCUUUCACGUGGGCGAGAGCGUGGACACCCUCUGCUUUGUAGUCUCCGGCUCACUAGAGGUCAUCCAGGACGAUGAGGUCAUCGCAAUACUCGGUAAAGGUGACGUGUUUGGAGACGUGUUCUGGAAAGAGACCACGCAGGCCCGGGCUUGCGCCAACGUCCGAGCUUUGACCUACUGCGACCUGCACGUCAUCAGGAGGGACGCUCUGAUGAGGGUGCUGGAGUUUUACACGGCGUUCGCCAACACGUUCUCCCGCAACCUCAUCCUCACCUGCAACCUACGGAAACGGAUAAUCUUCAGAAAGAUUGCUGAUGUGAAGAGGGAGCAGGAGCGGCGAAAAAACGAGGUGACCCUCUCCAUCCCCGAUGACCACCCGGUCCGCAAGCUGUUCCAGAGGUUCAGGCAGCAGAGGGACGCUCCGCCACCGGGAGAGUCUCACUCCUACUUUGAUCACAACUGCGUGCAGGUGGAGCCGCAGCACCACCGUCACCGCGAAUCAAACUCCUACACACUGUGUCAGUCUGCAUCUUCUCAGCAGCAGGAGUACGGCGCCCCGGCGCAGAAUAACCCGCCCUGCUCAGGAGCGGGGAAAGUGGGCGGCGGGGGCAGCCCGGCUGCGGCGGCACCGAGGUUUGACCCCGGUGAGAAGUCGGAGCAAGGCUGCACACAAGAGGCCGAGGCGUCUACAGCGAGGCCCACUGCGGAGAGUCUGCGUUGUCAGAGGGUCGACAGCCCUGCGAAGCGCGGUGGUGCAGCCGGAGAGGGAGCGGCAGGUGGCGUUACCGGCCGCCCCGGAGGCCGAGGCUGGUCGAAGUUCAGAAACGCCGCUUCAGCUGCACCACCGCCUCCUGCCGUGGAGCUGGAGAAGAAGAAGCCAGAGAAAGCAGAGGAGUGGCAGAAAGCGCCCGGGUCCUCAGAACGUUUAGCUGUCGUCAACAAGAACCCGGAUUUGGGUGAAAGUGCAGAGGCGGGGAGCGUAGAGAUGGGCAACAGUGCGGGAGAGGCAGCGGAAGAAAUAAGCGCCCUGCACAAAACCGACUCCUGCGACAGUGGCAUCACCAAGAGCGACCUUCGCAUCGACCGAGCGGGAUACUCGAGAAGCUCCUUCGAGAGGAGCCCGAUGGAAAGGAGCCCCCUGGAGAGAAACCCGUUUGAGCACGGCCUCGGGGUCGACCCACUCAAACACUCCUCGGCUCAGCCGCCGUCCGAACAAGCGCUCCUCCAGGCGACCCUGCAGGAGGCCAAGCUGGAGCUGAAGGGAGACAUCCAGAAGCUGAGCGGCCGCCUGUCGGUGCUCGAGUCUCAGGUGAGCGAGAUCCUCAGACUGCUGUCGAUGAGAAGAAGACUCUCGCUGCCGCCGAGCUCGUCCCCGAAGGCCCGAGUGAAAUAUCAGGACUCGGCCGCUGCCUCCAAGCCGGUCGCACCAAAGGCCGACGACGGGCCUUUUUGAAGUGUCUGAUUUGAAAAGCCAGAAACUGGAUAUAUCUUAAAAACUGAUGUAUAAAAAGUUUGCAUGUCCUGCUGGACUCUCUCCCAUUAAACACCACCACUGCAUGCAGACCUUUUUAGAUGUUGCCCUAAGAAAAAAAACAGGGAUUUUGCUAACAACCGGUCUUUGACUUUAUGGUUGUGUGUAUAUUGAAGAAUGCCAAAAAGAACCACGAACAAUAACUCACCAAACACUUAUUGCUGGGAAAUGCAAGAAGCAUAAUAAAAAACAAUGCAUAGCUCUAUAUAUCUAACGAUUGAUGCUCUGAUGAAGGCUUUUGGUGAAACUUCUGCCUGAAACGAGCUGAUGUCACAAUCUUCAAACACAUUUUGGGCUUAAGGCUUUUUAUGAAGCUGUCAUUUUCAUGGUGUUCCUUAACUUUUAUUUUAUCUUUAAUUUAUAGUUUUUGGCAGAAUAUCAGAGAAGAGGUUAAGCAAGAUGGUUCACCUGCAAUGACUGUCAUUGAUCAUGUAAACAGAGCUGGCAGUGGUGGAGAAAGCAAACUGGAGCUCAAUCAGCGUUUGCACAUGUGGUACGGUAUUAAUUGUCAGGUAAUGAUAUGUGCCUUACAAUAAUAAAGCCUCAUCCAGGGUUGUAUUGGUCGUGGUCAACUCUUAUUUUUUGAGCGUAUGUUAUAGUAGAAAUGUUUAUCCUGUUUUUAGUUUCUAUAUUUUGGGGGGAUAUUCUCAUUUGAAUCUGUCACCGCACUUUGCAUUUAUUUUAUGUAUGGUUGAGAAAGUCCUUAUAUUGUGUCUGAGCUUCAUUCCCACGCAUGUGAAAUAGGAAGAGGUGCUUUAAUAGAGUUGUAUCGUUAAAUAUCGUUAUCUCUAUUUUUGUGAAAGACUUCUGUUCUUUUGGUAAAAUGAGAAUAAUUUGACACGUAAGAGCAAACUUACUGUGCAUCCCAUCAUGUAACUAUACCUCUUGCUCAGGUAUAUUUGCUCUAUUGUUGAAUUCAGUAUGAAUGAUUUUAUCUUUGAGUAACUAUAAGCUGCAAUUAAUAAUUUUAGAACAUUAAGGACACGCUGCUAUGCAAGUCUAAAUGAACUGACACUGCUAUUUGUGAUGCAAACAUUUGUUACGGUUGUAUAAAGACCAUUCCAAUAACGUACACGACCACACGGCACGGUUACGGUUUUAGUUUGAGAUGUUUUUUAAAAUGUUUGUGUGGCUGAAUCAUCUCAGUAUGAGUUUGAAAGCAUGUGUCUGUCCAAUGCAUCUAUUUUAUAUAACGUGUAUAAAGGCCGUUGCAUGCAUUCAGGGAAACCUGUAAACAGUGAAAUGAAUAAUGAAAAAGUGAUGCCUGCUCACCAUCUGUUGUUUAUUUUUCUCUGUUAUGCAACUAAAGUCAGUCUCUAUGUAAAUCCAAUGCAGUGAAUUCUGCAAGAUGCAUAGAGUUUUUUUUCUUUUCUUGUCUUUUACAGUUUUAUUUUGUUCAUCAAAGUGAGUCAAAUCUGUGUCAAUUAACUUAUUUUCUACAGACUGUUUUGAUUCAAUAGAUGACAAAGGUUACAGUAAAGGGACAUUUAGGGAGAUGUAACAGGGAACAACAAAAGGUGUCCAACUUUCAAGUAAUCAUCACCUUUGGACUGCAGUCAAGCAAGCCUCCAUAUUAGGCAUUAGAGGAACAUCAAAAAGAGCUCAAGUGAAGGUUUUAGGAAUAUCACAUUCAUUUGAUAAGUAUAUUAUAGAUUCAUUAGUUUCUACAUAAAAAAACAUAGAUAAUAAUAAAUUAAAUGAAUGAAUGAAAAAAUUGCAUUUUAUAAAUAACUUUAAAAACGCAAUAAUAAUAAUAAUAAUAAUAAUAACAACUGCAUGUAAACUGUGUAAGGAAGGUAUGAAUUCCAAUUUUAUGAAUACAUACAUAUAAAUAAGCAGAUAACCGGUAGGGAAAUAGCAAACAACGGCACAGUGCAGCACAAGGGACAUUGUGAUGUAUUUUAAAUUCAAAGCCUUUUAAAAUAUCAUUCACUUUCCUCUUUUAUUUUAGAUUAUAUUUAAAAGGAAAUGGACUAAAUUUAUGUAGGACAUGUAGGUGAGGGUUUUCAAUGUAAUUUCAAUGUAAUUCCAUAUUCAAUAAAAGAUUACUUAUUUUCA